CUUGUCAAGCUCGGCUCACACCGUACGCCCUCAUCUCUCCAAGCGCCAUUGCUUGUCAAGUAGUACUUGUAGUAAAACAUCUUCUCGGCUCACACUUGUCAAGCUAGGCUCACACCGUACGUCCUCUUCUCUCCAAGUGCCAUUGCACCGUACAGAUAUAACUGAUCUCAGUUUUGUAUGCAUCCCCCUCUCGUAGUAUACCCCCACGUCAGACACAUUCCGUCAGAGAGAGCGUUCCCCUGACGGAGUCAUUCCGCUAUGGAGCGUAUUUUCGAGCCGCAGAGUGUAGAAUAUCAAGCCUCGAACAGCAUGCCGCUCUCCGACGCCGAAGAUAACGGAUUCCGUCUAUUCGGACGGACAAUUCAGAUGUCGCAAUCUUCAGCGCAAACGCUCACGCCACAGGAGAUUUUCGUCCAGAAAGGUACGCAAGCAGUCGAGCCGUUGCAGUCAGCGAAGCCGACGGCACAAUUGCCGCCGUCGACGCCGCCGCUCCCGCUGCCGCCGCCGCAGCAGCAGGCCGCGGCGCUUCCGUGCCCGCGGUGCGCGAGCCGCGACACCAAGUUCUGCUACUACAACAACUACAACGUGAACCAGCCGCGCCACUUUUGCCGCGCGUGCCACCGCUACUGGACCGCGGGGGGCUCCCUGCGCAACGUCCCCGUGGGGUCCGGUCGGCGCGGCAGGGGGAAGCAGUCAGCAGCUCAAAGCGCGGGAUUACCGCCGGCGGCGGCGGUGGCUACGGCGGCAGUCACUACAGGAUCGGAUGAGCCAGUGCGACGAAGGAUGAAGCCGCAUAAUCAACAGAAUCAACUUGAAUCUGUCGAACAGCCUGUUGAUGAUUCUGAGAAUCAUCAACCGACGGAGCGUCCCCAGGAGCAGCCGAGCCAGCGGCGGAUGCGCCUGACGAAGCAGCGACGAUCGCUCUCAGAUGGCGACUCCGAGCUCUCUGAAGGGUGCACGCACCAGUCGUUCCCCAUACACGAUGCCGGUCCGGAAUCUGCAGCAGCAGCUACUGCCGGUGCUCCGAGGUGCGAUAGCAAGGGCGAGAGCCGUAAAGGCAACAGCGCCAGUUAUCGCAGAGGCGGCAGCAUCAACUACAGUGCAGAGUAUUACAGUGCGGUUGUAACGGGGAGCUCCUCAGGCCCGUCCUUGGAGCAUGGCAGCCCGUCAGUCGGCCCCACAUCCUGCCGUAUACUUGACAUCCGGGUCACUCCUGACUUGAACCUGCUAGCACAGGAUGGGACGUCGAGUGCAUACCAUCCUGAGCUUGAUUCGGGAAGAGGAGAUGCUUGUAUGGAGGGCUGCGGUGCAACAGCAGUGGCUCCGCCGCUGGCAUCCACAUUCCUCCUGCCCCCGUCUCAGAUAUCCCUUGUCCUGUCCCAAGCUUCAUCCAACGCAUCCGCACCUGCUGCGACUUUCCCCAUCCCGCCUCUCUCGCUGCCGCCGUCUGCAGUAUCGCCUGCAGUGUCGUCUGCAGCCUUGUCGACAGCAGCACUAGCUGCGCUGGAUUCAAACGCUCUUGCUCAACUCUCCAUGCAUCCCUCCACUGCCGCAUCUGCGUUGCCUUGGCUGGCUGCUGCACCGCUCAGUCCCAGAGCUCUCAGCACAAUAGCUUCCAAUGCCAUGCCUCUCAACUCUAUACCUCGCAGUGCCGCAACUGCCAAUGCAGCGCCUCCCAAUUUCACUCCUCUCAGCAUUGCGCCUGUGAGUAAUGCGCUCAUUGACGGAGCAUUGAUUGAUAGCUCAGUCCAGGCCAAAAGUUUCAGCCAUCUGCUGGCACCUUUUCUCGCCCUCAACCCUCCCAAGGCUGCGGCUGCGCUUGCUACGGUAAUGUCUAUGUUACCCAAGCCUGCAGUGGCAGCAAAGGUACUGUCAAUAAUGGAUGGACAACAGGAUUUUCGUAUGUCGCUGGGGCUAGGUGACAACUCAAGAAAGCGAGCACACUCAAGUGCAUUUGCAUUUAUGGAUGGUUCAGACGAUUGCUCUACAGCUGUUUGACAGCAGGAAACAAUUUAUGAAUUGACUGGUUUUCUCAUUGUGUUGCUAAUGCAUUCUUAUUGCCUUGGAAUAUACAU